CAUUGGUUUGUUUAAAAGGGAGUGAAUUCAAACGUAAUUCAAAUCUCCUCCUUCAUUUCAGUUGUAUUGACGGUUGUGCACACUUUUGUCUGUUCUUGACCGGGCCCGACUGAAAACAUUGUAAAGAUAUGGCGCAAAGUGAGUCUGCUAAUCUUUAUGAAUACGAUGCCCCGUCUGAUGUCGUCGAUUUUGAAGCACCGGACCACGAGGACGAAGUAGACCAUUGGUUUGAACAACAAGGUUCAGCAGAAGACGGGUUCAGAUUGAACCUUGCCACACCACCAAGGCAUAAUAUUCCUUUCUGUGGAAAUGACAAGGCAAGCCUUCCCCUAGCAGUGAUUUCUCCCAGAGUGAAAGAGGGUGCAUGCUCUGAUGCCCAAAGCACAUCUGUUGCAAGCAUAUCCAACAUUGUCACGUCUUGGGGACCUACAAGGCCAGUUCAGAAGACUGCCCAGCCAAAAAGGAAAACACCUGUUGUCCUGCCUCGCAGGGUUUCAAAGCGCAAUCAGGCAGCCAUUAAUGAACCCACUGUUCCAGUUUCACCAGCUGCAAAGAAACGAAGAAAUGUCAAUACUGUAACAUCAUAUCAACCCCAACGAAGGAGCAGCAGUUCUAUAGCUACCAAACACAGGAGUGCUGCCCGUGCCAGUGUUCGCUUUGAGGCUCGAACCAAAACCAAGGCUCAGGCUGCAACAGCUUCACAAUCACAGCAAAAGAGCUCUGAGCAGCAGGAGAUGGAGCGCAUUAAAAGUCUUCAGAAAGAGGUGGCUGAGCAGAGAAAGAGGAACGAGGCUAGCUACAGAGCUGCCAUGGCAGGCAGUCAGCCACCAAGGAAGAUGGUGCUGUCCACUACAGUGCCCAAGGAGUUCAGCUUCAGCACCGAUGGACGAGUUAAACCCAGCAGUUCAUCAACAGACAACUCCCAAAAGCAGAUUGAUUUCAAUGCUCAGCUCCGCAAACACCCCUCCUCCCCUGCAAAGGGACCAAGAGGUGCCACUGUUCCAAAGCCUUUCAACCUGUCGACGGGCAGCAAGCGUAAGGGGGAGGACCCUGCCCCCUAUGUGUCCGUAGCUGAGCAGAUAGAACAGUUCCAGAAGCGUACCCCAGCUCGCUACCACCUGCGCAGCCGCAUGAGUCAGGAGAGAGGCCCAGCCCUUGUGAAGAGUGAGCACCGGAGGAUCACCCAGCCUCACACCCCCCAGCUAAUGACUAGGACGAGGAGCCGCCCUACAUUCACCAAGAGCAGUGCUGAGCUGGAGGAUGAGGAGUUGCAGAAACUCCAACAGUUUAAGUUCAAGGCAUUGGAGCUGAACAGGAAGAUACUGGAGGGAGCCCUGAACCCCAAGAAGCCUGCAGUGAAGGAGCCCACCAAGCCAGAGGGAUUCCAUCUGCAGAUGGACAAGAGGCUCCAGGAGAGGCAUGCCAGCAAGAAACCGGAGGAACCCGAGGAGCACUACUCCUUCCACUCUCGCCCACUGCCCACCAGGAUCCUUGAGGAGGUUGUGGGAGUUCCAGAGAAGAAGGUGCUCCACCCCACUAUCCCAGAGUCCCCAGCAUUUGCCCUGAAGAACAGGGUGCGCAUAGAAAGGAAGGUGGAGGAGGUGAAUGUGCCAGCCCCUAUGAAAGCCCAUGCUGCACCCCACUUUGGCUUGCCCUUCCUUCCCAAACUCCAAGAGAAGAGCCAAGUGGAUGUAUGCCCCUUCUCUUUUGAAGAACGGGAGCGCGAGAGGAGAGUGAUGAAGGAAAAGAGACUGGAAGAGCUACGGCAUGAAGAGGUGCCCAAGUUCAAAGCCCAACCACUGCCAGACUUCCAUGAAGUGGUCCUACCAGAGAAGAAAGUGGUGGAGCCCACCAAGCCUGAGCCCUUCAAGCUGCUCAUUGACGAGAGGGGAGCCGUGAAGAAUGACCGCUGGGAGCAGGCUUUGAAAGAGGAGCAGAAGCAUCAGAUCGAGGCGGCCUCCUUCAAAGCUAGACCAAACACGGUGACUCACAAAGAGCCGUUCCUCCCUAAAAAAGAGAACCGCACUGUUCUGGAAGACAUUAACCGUUCCGUAGUUCCAGAGGGUGUCCAGCUCUCCACAGAGCGCCGUGCCAAAGAGCGGCAGGAAUUUGACCGCAUCAUCUGUGAGAAGGAGGCGCUGAGGGCACGUGUGGAGGAGCAGCACCAUAGGGAGCAGGAGGAGCGGCAGAAGGCGGAGAUUGUGGCGUUGCGCCAAGAACAGGUUCAUAAGGCCCAGCCGAUUAGGCAUUACAAGCCUGUGGAAUUAAAGAAGAGUGAUGUUUCUCUGACCGUGCCCCAGUCGCCCAACUUCUCAGACCGUUUCCGCAUGUGAUAUAAUGGAGGUGUUUUGCUUGUAUAUAUUUGCCACUACUGUGCAUCGGAACCUUUUUAUAUAUAAAUGCCUUUUAAUUUGGUGUUCUCAAAGACCUUUUGCUACCAUUCUUAAUGCAUAUUAAC